UCGCCCCGCAACAGCCCCUCCUUCCGUCUGACGAUACAGAGCUCUACAUAAAUGGCCCACGGCGGCGACCUUCAAUGACGCACGUGGAGGAGCUCACUCUCAUUUGAAAUCAAGACCUUCCAACUCACUCUCACUCUCAUUCCUCACUUACAACUCACUCACGACUCACGACUCAAUCACGCAAUCGGCUUCACCACUUUAUCAAUCUUAUUUAAGCUUAAGCUUAAAACUUUUGCAAAAGUUAGAACAGCAGAACCAAACCUUCAAGGUCUCAUCCCGCAAUCUAUCCGCACUCGGGCCAAGCCCCUCCCCUCACACAGACACCCGUCACACAAUUACACACAUCUCACAGACACAAUGGCGACCCGCCUUCCCGGCACGACCGUAAUCGUCACCGGCUCCGGCGGCGGCCUAGGCAAAGCCAUCGCCGAAGCCUACCUCGUCGCCGGCGCCAACGUCGUAAUCUCCGACAUUAACGAGGACCGCGUCGCCGCCGUCACCUCGGAAUACCGCGACACCUACGCCGGCAAGCUCCACGGCAUCGUCGUCGACGUCACCUCCGAAGACUCCGUCCAGUCCCUCAUCAAGGGUACCGUAGAACGCUUCGGCCGCCUCGACGUCGUCGUCAACAACGCCGGCGUCAUGGAUAAGUUCGACCCCGCCGGCGACUGCACAAAGGAGACCUGGGACCGCGUCCUCGCCAUCAACCUCACGGGUCCGUUCCUGACGACAAAAUACGCCGUCAACCAGUUCCUCGCCCAGGGCGGCGCCAGCGGCAGCGGCGGGCCCGCGGGGCUAAUUGUCAACAUCGGCUCCAACGCCAGCUACCGCGGCCUCGCUUCCGGCAUCGCCUACACGGCGUCCAAGCACGGCGUCAUGGCCGUCACCAAGAACACGGCGGGCUUCUACGGCGACAAGGGCAUCUACUCGGUCGCGCUGCUGCUGGGCGGCAUGGACACCACCAACAUCAUGGACGCCUUCGCCGAGGGCGUCAACCAGGCCGGCAUGGCCAAGGUCACUGCGGGCAUGCCCGAGUACAAGCGCGGCGAGACGGGGCUGGACCCGGCUGCUGUGGCGAAGUACUGCGUCUUCUUGACGGAUAAGGAUAUUGCGUCAUCGGCGAACGGGAGCUGUGUCGUUCUCAACAGGAACUGGCCGCACGCCUGAGUCUGGCUUCUCUUCGUUGAGGUUUGGGGAAGAAGGCGGAUCGCGGAUGGGAAAAGAGCCACGAACAUUGCUCAUAAGCUUGUGAUUGAUGAGAUGGGAGAGCAGCUUGGAGUAACCUACUUAUAGGAAAGAUACCUUAUGAAUGUUAUUUACGAUUGCCAAAUGCCAUCAUCUGUGCUGGACUAAUUGGCAUGCCAUCGAGACUGUAAAGUAUCUGAUCAAGUCAAAAAAUAUGAUGGCGCUGCUCGCUCAGGCAGGAUUCAAUCACACUGGGACCAUGCGUGACGAUCAAAAUCACUUGAGAAGCGAGCACUCAUGCAUGGUAAAGAGGUCAAAAAGAAUACAGUCCCUAC